AAAAAAAAAAAAUCGAGCCAGUGUACUGUUCCACUUUGUCUCUCCCACAGAUGCUGCUGUUCUCUCCGCGUGUGUGAAGCCUCUCCGUGAUAAAUAAUAGCAACCAGGACCACAAACUCGCCCCCCCUCCCCACUCUCCCUCCUUGCGGGAUGGUUACGCGUGGAUGAAGCAGUGGACAGUGGACGAUGCAACUUGAAUCGUGCGCGCUUGUCUUCGUCUGUUAUGCUCGUGGCUUUGUUCGGUGACCUCAUCUUGACUGCCGACUACUUUGUUUAUGUCCGCCAUCCGCUUGUUUGAGACAGCAGUCCAAACCUUCAUAAAAAAAAAAAAAAAAAAAAAAAACAGAGACUCCCUCCCACCCCCCGAUGCAUUGAUGCACUCCUCUCAGUGGUGCAACGGCUGCUUCUGUGGUCUGGCUCUGAAUUAUUCCAACAAGUCGUGCGCCAUGCCGCCCAUCACAUUCCACGACCUGCCGCUCAACAUUUACAUGGUCAUCUUCGGCACGGGCAUCUUCGUCUUCAUCCUCAGCCUCAUCUUUUGCUGUUACUUCAUCAGCAAACUUCGACACCAGGCCCAGAGUGAGCGGUUUGGAUACAGAGAGGUGGUUUUAAAAGGAGAUUCAAAGAGACUGAACGUGCACGGGACUUGCGCCGUGUGUCUGGAGGACUUCAAAAUGAAAGACGAGCUGGGAGUGUUGCCAUGCCAACACGCUUUCCAUCGAAAGUGUCUUGUCAAGUGGCUAGAGGUACGCUGUGUCUGCCCCAUGUGCAACAAGCCUAUCGCCGCCCCCCCCGAGCAGCACCACAGCAUCGGUACCCUGCUGGACGAACUGGUGUAACCCGACAAACCCGCUUCCCGUCUCGGCCGCGCCGGUGCCGGUGACCGUGCGGCCACCUGGACGAGGGGAUCGGCGGUCGGCUGCUGCGGCAACAGCACGACAGCGCCUCGGGCUGGCUGAGCACCCAGAAAAAGACUCUUGGCGAGGGAUGCCGUUGCCUGGCAACCGCCCCCGAUACGGCCAACACGGCGGCGCCUUCUGAUGUGGAGAUUAUGUACGGCUACCCACACGUCCCUACACCGCCCUUCUUUCUACAUCCUCCACUCAUACAUCCUCACAUCUUCCCCCCAGUCAGGUCAACAGCUUUUUUUGUUUUGUUUUGUUCACCUAAUCGAUGCUACAAGACUGUGAAGAAGAAGACUACCUUUGAAGAGAACAAAGCACUGUAGCAAGGACAUACUGUAUUUGAUCAAUUAUGGACAGAGACGGUGUUACGUUUUAACGAUCUAACUUGAACUACAGUGUUACAAGUUUUGCACACUAACUAAUCCAGGAUUGUUUGAAUUUAAUGCACCAUUUAUAAGGCAAGGAAUCACAUUUGGUCAAGUCAAAUACAGUAGGUUAAUAAAUAAAACGUCGCCAUUGGGUGGAAUCCUUGCAUAAUUUCAUUAUACUAUUAUUAUUAUUAUUAUUAGUCAUUAUACAUUGAAUUGUUAAAGUUGUCAAGUAAGGCUGAAAAAAAAUAUAUGUUUGAAUAUGUAAAUUUGCAAAUGCCAAACCAUGAAUAUGCAGGGUCUAUGUUGUAUUUUUUUAUUUAUUUUUUAAUGAUUAAAUUUGGACAUAGGUUUCCACGUGACAGUGACAAAAUAUACUAUUAAUAAAGUAAUAAAUCAUGUUUCAAUUAAGAAAUACUGAGAGGCAGCCAAUCAACAAAUUUGUUCAUUAAUUAUUAUUGAUAAUAAGGUACAUAUCAUUGAAAAAAUAGAGAUUUAAUGAAACUACAAUUUUAUCUUCCAAACUUUUAUUCGAUUACAGUGUCUUAACAAUUUCAAAAAAUAGUUAUUUAUAUUAUUAAAAUGAAGACAAAUUUCAAAAGCAGAUUUUAUUAUCUUAAUAAUUUAAAUAUUUUAAAUAAUUAAUACAAUAAAAUACAACUUAAAACUAUGCAAUAUAUUUACUAUAGUAUAAGAAUUAGUAUACAAUUAAAGAAAUAUAAUUACAUCAUAAAAAAUAUGAUGGACAUAAUAUAUUAAGUAUAAAAUAAUAAUGUACUCAUAUAUAGUAUGAGAAUAAUAAGCAAUGAAAAAAAAUUAUCAUUACACCCAAAAUAUAUAUAUAUAAAAUAUAUACAUCAUUAAGACUAAUAAUAUAUUAAGUACAAUGAAAAAAUUUUACUGAUAUUAGUAUGAAAAAAAUGCAAAUAAUUAAAAAUUUAGAAAAAUUUACUGAAAUAAAAUAAAGCUCUUGUAAUGUACUACAAAUGUUUCUGGAGUUCACAUUGCCCUACAAAUGGUUCAUCUCAAUCGUAUUCAACAUGCUCUAGUUCAGGGUUGGGGAAUCUUGAUCUGGCCUGCCUUGCAAUUUUAAACAUCUAUUCAAACCUUGAAUAAAAAUGCCCUCAAAAUGAUUUAAGAAACAUAUGCUCAUUUGAUAUAAUAAUAAAGACAUGUUCAGUUGUUCCAGCCCGUUUUUUUCACAUAAAUGUUGUAUGAUUUCCCCACCCCUGAUCUAGUUGUUUUAUUAUCUGGGAAAUUGUUUAAUGUGCCACCUACAUUCCCUUUCCACAACAUCAUCACCAUCUAAUGAGAUCACAUCUGCAAGAUCUACAUAAAAAAAAAAUUCAAUCUUUACAAAGAUAAUAACGCUCAGUUUAACAGUAUGUUUAUUAUUGUGGUUGUAGGUCAUACUGUGAGGUGUUUCUAACGUUUUGCUUCCCUUACUAAACACCAGGAGAUGGCAAAAUAUGAUAAAAAAAAACGCACACAGUAUGAUACAGUGCACUUUAUCAUAUGCGUUAUAAUUGAAUAUAUAAUCGAAUCGCUGCAAAUCUGUUCCGGCUCUUGUAUUGGAUCUCAGUAGAUUGUGCAGGUGUGCCUAAUGAAGUGUCCCCUGAAUGCAAGAAACAGCUGUGUGGUUCUAUGUUGAAGGGGAAUGCACUUUACAAAUGAAAGAUCACCCCAAAUGCACUGCUCAGAUUAUUCCUGGUGCGUCUGUAUUUUACAUUCCACUCUUCUUUCCUUCAGCAAAACACUGCCAAAACUGAGCACAAGUGUCACAAAGCAUACCAGUGAAUUCAUUAAAAAAUAAAUACAAAAUCGAAACAAGGUGUGUGUAAUGGUGCAGCUCGUGAGCAAAAGAAAAUGUCAACUUUUUAUUUAAAAUUCUUCUUUUCCUUUCGGCUUGUCCCUUUAGCCACAGCGCGUCAUCCUUUUCCACGUAAGCCUAUCUGCUGCAUCCUCCUCUCCAACACCAACUGCCCUCAUGUCUUCCCUCACGACAUCCAUCAACCUUCUCUUUGGUCUUCCUCUAGCUCUCUUGCCUGGCAGCUCCAUCCUCAUCAUCCUUCUACCAAUAUACUCACUCUCUCUCCUCUGGACGUGUCCAAACCAUCGAAGUCUGCUGUCUCUAACUUUGUCUCCAAAAAAUCGAACCUUGGCUGUCUCUCUGAUGAGCUCAUUUCUAAUUUUAUCCAACCUGGUCACUCCGAGAGCGAACCUCAACAUCUUCAUUUCCGCCACCUCCAGCUCUGCUUCCUGUUUUCUCUUCCAGAAUUUCUCUUUCACCUCUCGGUCACAUCCUACCUGUGGGGCAUAGCCACUAAUCACAUUAUACAUAACACCCUCAAUUUCAAGUUUCAGCCUCAUCACUCGAUCUGAUACUCUUUUCACCUCCAAGACAUUCUUAGCCAACUCUUCUUUUAAAAUAACCCCGACUCCAUUUCUCUUCCCAUCUACACCAUGGUAAAAUAAGUUAAACCCUGCCCCUAAACGUCUAGCCUUUCUGCCUUGCCACCAGGUCUCCUGGACACACAAUAUAUCAACCUUUCUCCUAAUCAUCAUGUCAACCAACUCCCGAGAUUUUCCUGUCAUAGGCCCAACAUUCAAAGUCCCCACAUUCAGUUCUAGGCUCUGUGCUUUCCUCUUCUCUUUCUGCCGAAGAACCCGCUUUCCACUUCUUCUUCUUCUUCGACUUCGACCCACAGUAGCUGAAUUUCCACCGCCGCCCUGCAGGUUGACGGCGCCGGUGGCGGGCGUUGUUAACCCGGGCCAGGACUGAUCCGGUAUGAAAUUCUUUGGAUGAACGCUCAUAUUUGUUUGGCAAAGUUUUAAGCCGGAUGCCCUUCCUGACGCAACCCUCUGCAUUUAUCCGGGCUUAGGACCGACCUACAGUUUGCACUGGCUUGUGCCCCCCAUAGGGCUGCAUUCAACUUUUUAUUUAAAAUGAUUUAUGUAAUAUAACAGGAAGCAACAAUAAAUCCACUUGUCUGGUU